UGAAAGGCUGUCAGUCCGGAGGCUCCGUGAGAGAAACGGACCAGAACAGACCCGGACCGACGCGGACCGGCAGACCCGGAACCCCCUCCCUCCCCCUCUGCGUCCUGGCGUGUUUUCUGGUUCGGCUCGUUUCUCCACCGCCCGGAUCGAACCCAGUUCGGCUCCAUUCGGCUCUCCUCGGAUCUCUUCGCCUCCUCCUCCGUUGCGAAUCUGUCUCAUCCAUCCGUCCCAGCUCGGACCGACAUGACGCGGGACUUCAGCAGGAUCGGGUCGCGCGGGACGAGGCUGUGAACAGACGGCCCACCGCGUGCCAGAGCGCGCGCGACCGUUCGGAUGAAUGAAUGACAGAGAUGGAGCGGAAAUUACUGAGUCAGGUGGUUUGUGUGUGUGUGCUGCUGACUGGGCGAGUUUGUCCGGUGGAGUUAACCUGUGAAACUCUGAUCCUCCUGUCGACCAACCUGACAGCAAAGACGCUGGCGUUACUAAACCAGACGUUCACCAUCAGUAACACCUCAGGUAUGUAUUGUGACCUGUCUGUGGAUGGGAUAGGGACCUGUUGGCCUCGUAGUGCAGCAGGAGAGCUGAUCUCCAGACCCUGUCCAGAACAGUUCAAUGGCAUCCACUACAACACCACCAACAGGGUGUACAGAGAGUGUCAGUCUAAUGGAAGCUGGGCUCUUCGAGGAAACUACAGUCAGUGCACUGAGAUCAUCGUCCUGAGGAAGAGUAAAGUCCAUUAUCAGGUUGCUGUGAUCAUCAACUACCUGGGUCACUGCAUCUCUCUGGGAGCGCUGCUGCUCGCCUUCACUCUCUUCAUGAGACUCAGGAGCAUUCGCUGUCUGAGGAACAUCAUCCACUGGAAUCUGAUCUCUGCGUUCAUACUGAGGAAUGCGACCUGGUUCAUCGUGCAGUUAACCAUGACCCCUGCUGUUACCGAGAGCAACCAGGUGUGGUGCAGGUUGGUGACCGCAGCCUAUAAUUAUUUCCACGUGACAAACUUCUUCUGGAUGUUCGGCGAGGGCUGUUACCUCCACACGGCCGUCGUCCUCACCUACUCCACCGACAAACUCAGGAAGUGGAUGUUCAUCUGUAUCGGCUGGGGUAUUCCAUUUCCCAUCAUAGUGGCCUGGGCUUUUGGGAAACUUUACUACGACAAUGAGAAGUGCUGGUUUGGAAAAAGGGCAGGAGUUUAUACAGACUACAUCUACCAGGGCCCCAUGAUCCUGGUCCUGCUGAUCAACUUUGUCUUCCUGUUCAACAUCGUUCGGAUCCUGAUGACCAAACUGAGGGCCUCCACCACGUCAGAGACCAUCCAGUACAGGAAGGCGGUGAAGGCGACUCUGGUGCUGCUGCCUCUGUUAGGAAUCACCUACAUGUUGUUCUUUGUGAAUCCUGGAGGAGAAGACGAAGUCGCUCAGAUCGUCUUCAUCUACUUCAACUCCAUACUCGAGUCCUUCCAGGGAUUUUUUGUCUCAGUUUUCUACUGUUUUCUCAACAGUGAGGUGCGCUCUGCAGUCAGGAAGCGUUGGAUUCGUUGGCAGGAUCGUCACUCCAUUCGAAGCCGGACGGUGCGCGCCACGUCGCUGCCCACCUCACCCAGCAGAGUGUCCUUCCACAGCAUCAAACAGUCUUCUAACCUCUGAAGGACCUGACCAAUCACCACCUGUGAUGUAAUUCCACUCAGCCAAUCAGAGGUCCCGUUCUGCUCUGGGGUCAGUGGAUCAGAUCAAACCAGCCAAGACAGAGAUCUGUCAGUCAGGUCUCUGUGUGGCUCCACCCCCUUUCAUAUGCUGACCAAUCAGUGAACAUGACCAAUCAGCUGCUUCCCCAGGGUCACAUGUCCCAUCAGGCAGCUGGACUGUGCUCAUGUUCUGUAACACAACUUUAUUUAUUAUGAAAUGUUUAUUAUGCGUAUAUGAGCUACAAGUGUCUAUACUGUAACUUUGAUCACCAGCUUUCACACACACACACACACUUCGCCGCCCUCUGAACGACCUUAAAUCCUUUUACUGCUGCGUCACCAGCUCACGUGCUGUGAGUUUUGUUGGAGGUUUAAAGUCUCGUGCAUGUUAUAAUGACUUGUUCAGUGUUUCAGUCCUGAAAACAUCAGGCCACAGCAGCUGAGCAGCCAGCAGGGGGCGCUCUAACAAAGUGGUUCCUGUUAUUCCAGAAUCCUAACCAGUUCUCAGAGCUGUACACACACUCUGGACUCACUAUAAUAAUUUGGAUUCAGUUCAGUUCAACUCAGUGUAAAUUAAUUUUAUACCUGAACCCAAACUGACAUGAGACUGAGCUGGAACACAUUCAGAAAUCACCAGAUGAGCUGUGAGAUCGUAAAGUUUCAGUUCAGCGCGUCUGCGUGUCGUGAGCUGGACUCUGUGCCGAACACGUGUAAAUCAUCUGUUAAUCAUCAGUCGUAACUGUUGUUGUUCACAUUUACACAGAGUCAACUGUUAAACUCAACUUCCAUACAAAGGACCAGUUUAGAUUAGUCCUGAUAGGUAGAGAACAGUAGUACUGACAGUAACUAUACUAACCACAGUAACCAUAGUAACUAUUCUAACCACAGUGUAGCUUCCACCUGUAGGGAUUUAUGAAGGGAAACACUCAGGAUAAAGCACAAACUGUUCCUCAGUUAUUUUAUUCUUCUGUGUGUGUGUGUGUGUGUGUGUGUGUGUGUGUGAUUAUGAAUGAAAUAAGAGAUAAAAACCUGUGGGGGCGGCUCGGUGGUGCAGUGGUUAGCACUGUCACCUCACAGGUUCGAACCCCGGCCUGUGUGCAUGUUCUUCCUCUGGCUUCCUCCCACAGUAGGACAUUAGGUUAACUGUGAGUGUUUAACUGUGAGUAUGAGUGUGUGCGUUUGCCUGUGUGUCAGCCCUGUGAUUGACGGGCGACCUGUCCACGGUGUACCCGUCUCUCGCCUGUAGUCUGCUGCGACGGGCUCCAGCCUCCAUGCGGCACAGAGAAUGGAUGGAUGGAUUCAAACCUGUGGAAAACUGGACAGAUUUGGGUUAAA